AUGUCCCCCCCCUGGAAAGUAACCUUCUCCUCCGACUUCUACCUCGCCUCAGGCACCAUAACCGUCGACCUCCCCGCCCGCAAAGUCCUCAUCAUCCACGACCUCACCUCUAAAACCUACUACCUCCCCCGCGGCCGCAAAGACUGGUCCGAACCCCUCGAGGUAACCGCUAUCCGCGAAACCUACGAAGAAGCAGGCUGCACCGCCACCCUCUUCCCCGUCCCCUUAUCAACCCGCUGCACCCCCCCUUCCUCCACCUCCACACACAACCCCCAGCUCCAAAAAGCCCGCUUCGACCCCUCCGGCGACGUCCUCCUCCCCAACACCGCCCGCCUCACCGAGCCCAUCGCCCUAAUGCAGCACCCCCAAAAGAAGAACGGCGCCCUCGCUAUAGUCCUCUGGUAUGUAGCCAUCGGGGACAGCACUCUCCCCCUGGCCAAAAAGACGCAAAUGUCUGAUGAGCAGUUCGAGGCCCUGUGGGUUUUGAGGAGGGGCCCGGGAUGA